AUGGAAUCAAGCAAAAGAAACAUUUACUCUUUCAAGUUCAAAGAUCCCGAUCUAAGGAGCUUACGUGACUUGGUCUCUCAGAUGCGCCCAGUAUACAGAAUCAACUUUGGAAAGAAUUAUGGCAAUCUGCUCAGCAUCCUCAAUCAACAAGUGGACCAUACAACUUUAAUCACUUUGGCCCAAUUCUAUGACCUACCUUUAAGAUGCUUCACAUUCCAAGACUUCCAGCUAGCACCAACGUUGGAAGAAUUCAAGCGUCUUGUUAGGAUUCCUAUGAAGAACAAGCCACUAUUUGAAGGGAUAAAUGAAUCUUUGCCCCUUGAGGUUAUUGCUAGUGCGCUUCACAUGGAUGAAAAGGAAGCAGAGGCUAACCUAGAGACCAAAGGGAAUACCAAAGGAUUUUCGCUAAAUUUUCUCUUAGAAAGAGCUCACACCCUAUUGAAAGCAGAAAGUUGGGAUGCUUGUUACUCUGCUAUUGCAUUGGCCAUCUAUGGCGUCGUCCUGUUCCCCAAUAUGGAUGGUUUCGUAGACAUGGUUGCCAUUUGUGUUUUCCUUACUAGGAACCCAAUACCCAUUUUGUUAGCCGAUGUCUACUAUUACAUAAGUCAUAGGUAUACUAAGAAGAAGGGAUUGAUUACUUGUUGUGCUCCUUUAUUAUAUCGGUGGUUUCUAGAACAUCUUCCGAAGAUAGGUGCUUGGGUUGAACAGACAAAUGUUAGUUGGCCUCAAAGAUUGGGAUCACUCCGAUCAGAAGAUCUCUCUUGGUAUUCCAAAGAAUACAUCAACAUGGACAUCAUAUUCAGCUGUGGGGGUUUCCCUAAUCUACCACUUAUUGGAACUCAAGAAUGUGUGAAUGCUAACCCGGUUCUAUCACUCAGACAACUUGGCUACCCAAUGGAAGGCCCUCCAGAUGCGAGGUCUUUGGAAGCUUUCUUGUUACUUGACUUUGGGGUUGAGAAUCCUAGCUUGUUUCAACGAAUCAAGGAAGCUUGGAAGAAUGUCAAUCAAAAAGGGAAAGCUGAGUUAGGGAGAGCAAAUGAGAUUACAAAAGAAUCAUAUUUUCAGUGGGUAAAGGAAAGGGUGGAGACGAUCAAAAUGUCGUUCGUCAUUCGAGCACCUGUGCCUCUCCCUGAACCUAAGCUCACCCAUUGGGAGCUUGAGAGAAAAAAGUCACAGCUUCAAGCACAUGUGGAAAAGUUCAACAAGGAAGAGCAUAAGAGGAAAAAGAUCAAACUGGGAUUAGAACAAGCUGACCAUUGUUUAGAUACUCUUAAGGGUCAACUAAGACAAGCUCAGAAAGAAUGUCAAGACAAUGAGCGUUGGUGGCAUCUAGCCACGAAGGAAAACAAGACGAUAAGGGAUACACUUGGGACUCAGAUAAAAGAACUCACCAAUCAUGUUCGUCAUGUAAAGGCUGAAGUAGAUCAGGAGCGCCGACUCAAGAAUAUAGCCACUGAAGCUUCUAGGGAGCGAGACUAUGUGAUUGAAGAUUAUGAAUCCUUUAAGAAGACCAUAUACUUCUUGCAAGGAGAUAGGGAUAAGUUACGUGCAAAGCUCGAUGGGCUAGUAGGGUUCUGUAAUUGGGCGGCUAAAGAAUUACCAUGGAAGUUGAGAGACGCAGUCGAAGAAUUGAGGGAAGAUAGCACUCCUCCAGCCAUAAUCAGUUUCAUUCUACUCUGUAGAGGGUUGCUAAAGAGAUUCAAAGAAGAACUAGAAGAGCUUCAAGCCAAAAAGCCUGCAGUCUAA